AUGAUGUUUCGGGUAUUAUACAGCUCUGCGGCUCUCUUUGGAAGCAUAGUGCAUGGAUAUGCGAACCCUGGCAGCUGCUCCGGGUCUUGCAAUGUUCAUGAUCCAUCCUUAAUACAAAGAUCUUCCGAUGGUACUUACUUCCGGUUUUCCACUGGAAAUAAAAUCUCUUAUGCGAGUGCAUCAUCAAUCAAGGGACCUUGGACUGCGAUUGGCUCCGUGGUGCCUGCUGGGUCAUCGAUUGAUCUCGAUGGAAACGAUGAUCUAUGGGCCCCUGAUGCCCAGCUCGUAGAUGGCGUCUAUUACGUGUACUACGCAGUCUCAACUUUUGGAUCCCAAAAUUCUGCAAUCGGUCUUGCUACGUCCGAUACUAUGAAUCUAAACUCUUGGACAGACAAGGGCACCACAGGAAUUUCCUCUUCAUCUUCCAAGGCUUACAAUGCCAUUGAUCCGAAUCUGAUAAAUGUGGAUGGCACUUAUUAUAUGAAUUUUGGGUCUUUCUGGCAUGACCUCUACCAAGCUCCCAUGAAUUCCGCGGCAACCAAGGUCGCAUCCUCGUCCUACAAUAUCGCUUACGAUUCCUCCGGAACCCACGCUCAAGAGGGCGCUUACAUGUAUAAGUACGGCAGUUACUACUACCUGUUUUACUCCUCUGGGAUUUGCUGCGGAUAUGAUACCUCCCGGCCUGCAAGUGGAGCCGAAUAUAAGAUCAAAGUCUGCCGAUCGACUUCUGCGACUGGUAACUUUGUCGAUAAGUCUGGCACCGCAUGCACCAGUGGAGGCGGCACAGUUGUUCUGGAGAGCCACGGCACAGUGUAUGGACCUGGUGGACAGGGAAUCUUUACUGAUUCAAGCCUCGGUCCGGUGUUAUACUACCACUAUGUCGAUACUACCGUGGGCUAUGCUGAUAGCCAAAAGUUGUUUGGCUGGAACACAAUCGACUUUUCAUCUGGCUGGCCGGUGGUUUAA